GCCGGCCGGCGGCGGACAUGCCAAGAAGAACGGAGGAGACGCGUUCGAAGCCGGCACGGACGAGUCGCUGACGGAGAUGAUGGACGUCCAGAGCAGCUCCGGCCUGGUGGAGAAGAAGUUCGUGUGCCGCGUCUGUUCGCGCACCUACGCCAAUCUGAUGACGUUCCGGCAGCACUUUGAGUCGCACAAGCUGAGCAUCCAGUGCUGGGUGUGUCGCAAGCUGUGCUCGCGCGUCACCAACCUCAACGCCCACCUGCGCAACAAACACGGCGUGCACAUGAAGCAGUCCGAGCUGCGCAAAAUACUCAAAUACAUCGAGCAGAUGGGCGUCAGCGCGGUGGCCGAGGCGCUGGCGGCCGGCCGUCUGUUCGCGGACCCGCUGACCGGGGACUCGGCCGAUCGCCUGACAGCCGCUCCGCUAGGCGACGGCCACUCGGACGGCGCCCCGGGCAACGACAGCUUCUCAGUCGGCCCGAUAGAUGGCAGGGUCUCCGACCGGGCGGGCGACGGUCUGCUGCAGUCUGACACGUGAGGCAGGCGUCGCCUGGGGGCGUCGGGGGUCGACAUGACCGGUCGCGAUGCUGUGGAAACCGUACGGAUCGUCAGUAACUAGCUCACUAUGUGUAGAGUCGGCGACGACGACGAUCUGAGUUUGAACUGCCUCUGAAGUGCAUUUGUAGUUCCUGAUGUGUGUGGGACUGAAUUGUGCUCAUGAUACCGAAGUUACCCAAUCAUCGAUGCCUCGUGAUUAAGAGACGAAGCGCCGUAAUUACGAUGGCACGCCAUUUGUAUGCAGUGGUUGUCGGGGGUUCUCUAACCAUGUGGAUCAUUUACUUAUUUCAAGGAAACUGCCGGAUCUCGCGAGUACGUAAGCUUCCUGAUCUCUGCUCAGUAGGAGUGAGCGUAUUUUACAUGGUGCUGUUGCUCUGCUGGACGAAACAAUUAUGUCCGGCCGGUGACUGCCUUACAGUGCCCCACAUGGCACACAACUCACCUGUUUUGUAGUGUUUGUACAGUUCAGCUACAAUCCUCGUACUCCUUACGCAUCAACGAUGCCUUAAUUAAGUGUCCUUACGUCUGUAUGCCUGCCUGUCUGCCUGCCUUUUGCGGCGGUAUCGUUUUAUAGGGCUCCACCGGAGGAGCGCGCGGGCGGUGAGAGUGACUGUGUGAACUGUGCGGCGGGCGGGUGUGUCGACAAGUCCGGGUCUUCAUCACCUCAGCGCUGGCCCCGGGCGCCGCCCCGGGCCCGCAGACGGCAGUGUAUAUACGCGCAUCUCAGCGGCAAGCAACCCACCAACGUCAUUGUGUUCGCUCAAGCGCGCCGCCCCGUUCCCGGGGGCGGCGAGCCGGCCGCCCCUCAGCCACGGGUGCUUAGUGUUUAAGGUAACGAGUCUCUGACGGCGACGGCUCUCGGACGUCACGCGCGUGACGCGUCAAGCCCGCUCGUGGCGCGCGCACUGCCCGGGUGUGCCGACCGCGUGCGUUUGCUCGCCGUGCGGGAGCGCGCCGGCGCGACCCGACCGACCGGCGUGCCGUCGCCGCCGGUGGCGCCAGCCCCCAGUCGCCGGAUACAAAGUGCGCUCGGUUUGGUGGUCGUUUGUGGGCGAACUCGUCUAGGUGGAAAUUGGCCAGGCCCGCUUGCAGGUUUUUACUCGGUGUCUGUUUUAGUAUCUCACUGACCGAAACGAGAAAUACACCUAGG